CUUCUGAUUGGUCAGUACGAUGACCAGGUAUCCAAGUGUGCCAUCAUCGACUGCAGAUAUCCAUACGAGUAUCACGGCGGCCACAUUAAGGUAUCUUUUUGUCUUUUGUUCGUUUGUUCGUUCGAUUCUAGGAAGUCGGUCCUCAUCUUCCACUGCGAGUUCUCGUCAGAGCGAGGACCUAGAUUACUUCAGCACUUGAGAAGCAGAGAUAGAGAGGCCCAUAUAAUGACCUACCCGCAACUUUACUACCCCGAAAUUUACCUUCUGGAUGGGGGGUACAAGGCCUUCUAUGAAGCCUACCCCCACCUAUGCGAGCCCCAGAGGUACAAACCCAUGGACCAUGCAGACCACGCACACGAACUCAGGCAUUUCAAAAAUAAGUCGAAAUCCUGGUCUGCUGGGGAUAAAGCU